AUGAGUUCGGUUGAAGAAAAGGAGGAAGAUUCAUUCAUCAUGGACCGCACUGUCAAGUUUAACGUCGGUGGGAAGCUGUACGAGAUUUCCAAGUCCUUGUUGGAAAGAUUCCCUGAUACGGUCUUGACCGAGAGGGUUGAAAAGGCAUCCUCGUUGUCUACUCCCAUUUUCGUCGACCGGGAUCCUGAUCGAUUUGCCUUUUGUCCUGACUACAUGCGCGACAAUGGCCAAGCUAGGUCUUACGAUCUCAUUCAAGAAGAAGAACAAGGAAUUGUGACACUGGAAAAUAAUGUAGCUUUAUUUCGAAUCAAUGCACAGGAACUGCUGGUGUUUGGAAAUCUGCCGCAUGAGCCCGGAAAGAGCAAUGAAAGCAACAUUCAUAAAAUUCAGCAACUGAUAUGCGUAUUUCUUGUGUAG